UGAAGUUCUACAAAUUAUAAUGCUACAGAAAGAACCCUAGAAAGAAGUAGCAAGUCAUUUUGCUUCAAACUUCAGACAGGAAAUUUGAUAUGCAGAACAACUUACAUUUUGGCUUGUAAAUGUUGAUCAUGGGGUGAUCCAGAAAUAAACUCCAGACUUCAAAGCAGGAGAAAGUUCAGAGCUGCUCUGCAUUUUAUCAACACAGGGAGACAGGAGAGCAAUGCAUCCAAAAGGGAAUAUUCUGAUUUCAUAGUCCAUGAAAAAAAUAAUUCUGGAGUAAACUGUUUUCUACAAAAAUUACAAGAGUUAUUUUUAACCAUCCCUUCUGACUUAAAAGAAAGUGGGAGAUGACAACACAAGUUACCGUAGCAAGAACGGGUACAAUUGGACAUGAGGAAUAUAGCCUGUACAGCAGCAUGAGUGAGGAUGAACUUAUUCAGAUGGCCAUUGAGCAGAGUUUGACAGAAGAUCCUGCUGAGCAAAUAGCUGCACAGAAGACAGUUACCGCAGCACCACCUCCCAGUGAACCUUACUGUCAAAAUUUCUACCUUUAUCCUUGGGAAAGGCGUGCUGCACAGUCCGGAGCCCAGACUUCAGCAUCCGGUUCAGGAGUCAGGAGGAGGUACGAUGGCAGCUUCUUCAUCUUGCCCCAAGCUGAAGUCCUGGAUCCUGUAGUAUCGGUGAUCAAGGAAGGAGAUGAAAAGGGACUGCACAACAUGAUACAGGCAGGAAAAGACCUUGCACAGCCUAACAAAGAUGGAUGGUUGCCACUCCAUGAAGCUGCUUAUUAUGGACAAGAGGGCUGCUUGAAACUGCUGCAUAGAUCUUUCCCUGGGACAAUUGAUCAACGUACACUUCAGGAAGAAACGGCACUCUAUUUAGCAACAAAUAGAGGGAAUAUUGAUUGUAUGCGUUCAUUGCUCCAAGCUGGAGCAGAACCUGAUAUUGCAAACAAAGCCAGGGAGACUCCACUUUAUAAAGCCUGUGAACGCAAAAAUUCUGAAGCUGUGCAGGUGUUACUGCAGUACAAUGCUGAUGUAAACCAUCGCUGCAAUCGUGGAUGGACGGCUCUUCAUGAAGCUGUUGCUCGAAACGAUUUAGAAAUAACAGAACUUUUACUUCAGGGAGGUGCCAAGGUUGAAUCUGCAAACUGCUAUGGAAUUACCUCUUUAUUUGUAGCGGCUGAAAGUGGCCACUUAGAAGCCGUGAGAUACCUGGCAAAAUGUGGUGCUGAUAUCAAUACACAAGCUAGUGACAAAGCUUCUGCUCUCUAUGAAGCUUCUAAAAAUGGACAUGAGAAGAUUGUGGAGUUUCUCUUGUCUCAAGGUGCUGAUGCUAACAAAACCAAUAAGGAUGGGUUCUUACCAAUUCAUGUGGCCUCCAAAAAGGGUUAUUAUGAGAUUGUGAAAAUGCUACUCCCAGUAACAAGUCGUACUCGCAUCAAGCGUAGUGGCAUCAGCCCUCUGCAUUUGGCAGCUGAGCGCAACCAUGAUGAUGUCUUGGAAGAGCUGAUUGAUGCUGGCUUUGAUGUAAAUGCCACCCUCUCUUUUGAGCGUUCCCGACUCUAUGAAGAUAGGCGCACCAGUGUCCUCUAUUUUGCAGUCAUCAACAACAAUGUAUAUGCCACUGAGUUGCUGCUUGAGGCUGGAGCUAAUCCCAACGUUGACCUUAUCAAUCCAUUGCUCAUUUCCAUCCGCCACGGCUGUUUGAAGACAAUGAAAUUACUUCUUGAUUAUGGAGCUAACAUUAAUACCUAUGUUGCCUCUCACCCUACAACUUUCCCUGCUACCAUAAUGUUUUCAAUGAAGUAUCUUGUUCUGCUGAAAUUUUUGAUGGAUCUGGGCUGUGAUGCCAAAUCCUGCUUUGUGUGUUGUUAUGGGUGUGGCCCACAUCCUCCUAUUGAUAUUAGGAGGCACGGGUAUAAUGAUCCUGAGGUGAAUAACGAACGCAAAAUUGUACAGUUUUGUGAAAUGGUUUCAACCCCAGAGAUGAGUCGUUGGGCAGGCCCAAUUAUCGAUGUCCUUUUGGAUUAUGUGGGCAAUGUGCAACUUUGUUCCCGGCUGAAGGAACACCUUGACAGUUAUGAAGAUUGGUUCAACAUUAAAAUCAAAGCAGAACCACCAAGGCCACUUGCACACCUUUGUCGAAUCAAAAUUCGAAUUGUGAUUGGAAAGAACCGUCUUUCACUUAUUGAAACUUUACCUCUGCCAAGAAGACUGAUUCGCUAUUUACAAUAUGAUUAUACCCAGUGAUCUCAGGCGAACCUGACAAUCAAACAUUACAUGGAGUGAUAAUUAUAUGUAUGAUAGAGCAAGGUGACAUGAUGGAAACAGACUGAUAUGAUGGAAGAGAAAACUUGUUUUGGUAUGUAAGAAGAAAAAAUAAGGAUUCCUGCAAGUUAAAUCUUAGAAUGAACUAAUGCAACAGCAUUUAGAGUAUGGGAAAAAGCUGAAAAGAUGAGAAUAAAGCACACGGAGCAAAUAGUGAAAGGGAUAUUAUACUAUCUUGCAAGGAAAAACACUCUUAAUAGCUCAACAUUUUAAUACAACUCUUUACAAAAUGCAGGGUGGGCAGAAAGUAGAUCGUGAUCUACCAAUAAAUCUCCAGGUGAUCUGCAUGUCACCAAGAGGUUCCAACUCUCACUGGUUUAGCAAUGGUGACAAAAAACUUUUCCUCCUUAAUUAAACUGCUAAAAUAAAUGUUUAAAAGCUUGGAAGAAAAUAGGAGGUUUUUUGAUGUGAAAGACCAUAUGCACAAACUCCAGUUCUACUACCAAAAAGAAAUUCCUGGUCUGGGCAUGUGUCCAGCAGUUCUAAACCUGCCUUCUUAAUCUCUUAUUUUGUACUUGAUUCUGGUUGAUGGACCUCACAUUUCUAGUGAAAAAUAAACACACAUAUUGUAAAACUAAAUUAUUCUUAACCAGAUAUAAGGAAGAGGUAGCAAAAGUUAUAUCUCUCCAUAUACAUUCACAUAGGUAAAUGUAAUGAAUUAUGCAGAUGAUCACACUGUAAUCAUUAUUAUAGUGACAUCAACCAGUUCUUUCUGGUUGUAGCAAUUAUAGAUAUUGCUGCCAACUGUAUAAUAUGCUGGAUUACGUAUUUGUUGACAUAACUGGUCAUCAUGUUAACAGGCAUUAGCAGGUUUACUCAUUCAUAUUCAAAUUUUGUUAAUGGUCAUGUAGCAAAACCAUCUUGAUGCAAUGCAAAGAUCAAAAGAAGUCCAGUAAUGGUUAAAUAUCAGCAUAAAAUUUCAGUCUUUUGGUUGUGUUUUAUUUUACUUCAGUUUGCUGGACUUACCCAGUAUUUGGGUGUUCUAUUCUAUACCACAUAGAUUCAUGUUUUUCCAUCUAAUUUAACAUGCAUUUGCCUUUUAUUCUUAUAUAAAAGCUUUUAACACUAUUUUUUGAUCCCAGUUAAGAAAUUUUGUAAAUACUGGACUUCAAGAAUUGAAAGAUACCAAAGAAUUUAACUUACAGGAAAUAAGAACACAAGAUUUAACUCAGAAGUAUAGAUCUGUAUCAUAUUACAUAAGUAUACGUACAUAUAUUAGUUAUGAGGAUUAAUGUCACUGAGGCCCAUGGUAUUUAACCUUAUUUUAGCAGCAAUGAAGGGGAGAGUAGAUUCAAAUCCUGUGUUGCUUCAGAAAGACUUCAGAAGAAAAUUCUUGACCUGCUAUUGAUGAAAAACAACGAUAGUGAGUUGCAUCAUUGCAAAAACACUGGGUUUACUUCAGAAUAAAUAAUUUGGCUUAACAGGGUUAUGAAUUGAGAAUCCUAUUGCUUAACUAGAUGAUGUCUAAACAACCUAUGCUUUCAUUAGAAUAGUCUUAAUGACCAAUGACCUAUAUAUAAGCAGUGAUGUAGCAGCAGUAUUUUUUUUUUUUUUAAUGAAACUCUGGUUUGGUGGGAUUGUAUAAUUUAAAGGAGGUAACUUAGUGACAUUAAAUUAUUAGAAGAAAAUUUUAUCCUCAUGGAUGUUUAUUGUAGAUACCUUAAAUUGGCAUCCUCUUCACACUUAAUAAUUCCAUGAGAAAGUAUUCAUCUUUCUAAUUCAGAUCACCUAAAUGGGUCUCUGAAGUAUAUAAAAAGAGCUUCCAUUGGUAUAAUUCAUGUUUGUUUUAGAAGUGUGAUAACAAGAACCUAAGGACACUGCAGCCAAGUUAACUCAAACAGAUUUAAGCAGAGUUCAUUAUAUGCAUUUCAAGAGUGCUUUGCAGAAAUGUCUGAAAUAAACUGUAGGACACCUUGGAGAUAUAACUGUCUUGAUAUAAAUAAGAUUGCAGUUCUAUGAAUAACUUUUUAAAAAAUGUUUGAAUUGUUUUAAUAUGACUUGGUUGACCUAUACAGUUUCACAUUUUCUACAAGCUGAGAAAUCUAGUUGACUCACUAUUUUUAGGGAAAUGUUCACUUGUCCAGUAUAUUGAAGAAAAAGAAGCAUUAAAAAAAGGCUUUCUAGUUUUUCUCAUACACAGAUAACUUGUUAAUCUGAAUUCCUCACUCACAUAACCAGAAUUAACUCCAAUGGAUGAUUAGAUCUGCAAAAUAAGCAAAAACUUAGCAGAUUCAAGGAUAGCUGUGGACAUAGAAUGAAGGGGAAAUUAUCCACUCAAAAGUCCUCUUGAGAGUUGUCUUUUCACUUCAUUAUUUUUUGCCAUUUUUUAAAAAAAAUACUCGGUUUACAUUUAUUUGCACAUUCUGCACACUACCUCUCUUAAUCAUUUCACCCAAUCCAGCAAUAAUUAUCUGUACAGAAAGAUUUUCAUGCACAAAGCACAAAAUGUUGGGCUGGGUUUGCAAAGGGCUGUUAGCUGAGUAAUGCCUUAACAAUGGGUUAACGUAGGUAAAACAAUAUGAAUUACUCUGCUCAACUCUCUGUACAGUAGUCUGCUCCAGGGAAAUACAAGUAUAACAGUGGGUAAGUCGCUUUCUACUGCUCCAGUGAUAUCCUGAUUUUUUAAAAAAUUCACCAGUUAUAUCAAAUCUGUACAAAUUCUGCUGUUUUAUACAAGUCUGAGAAGCUAUAAAGACAUGAUUGUAAAUCUUAAAGAUAAGAAUAUUUAGGACUUUUAAAUAAACCUCAUAGCUCCAGUAUGUAGCAUGGUGGCAUGCUUUAACUGAUGGUGUUAAUGACAGAAAGAUCCUGUUAUUACAUAUUACAAGGAAAAUUUUAGGAUUUUUGCAAAAUAUUCUAUUACUAUUACCUGUUUGAUCUAUUAUUUUAUAAAUGUGUGUUUAAACUAUGUCACAAUGUACUUUUGAGAUUUUUGUUUUGUUAACAAUAGAGUUUUUUUUUAAUAAACUGGAGAUUAAUGGGGGAGAGAUCAGUGUGCCAAUAUUUUUAAAGCACUGCAUUUUUAGGUGUUAUUGUUUGCAUUAAAUCUGAGUAAAAUUAAUGGUGCUGUA